AUGCAUUCACGUAUCUUAUCUAAAGGCACGGCAGCAGCUGUCGCUGCCCGAAGAAUUCGUAAUAUUGUAGGAUCUGCUCUGUCCAAGGAUGGCUGGACAUAUAGCGCACGUGAGGUCAAAUUCCUUAAAACGUCGUCAGGUGACACCAUCAAAAUAGGAGAGAUUUCAUACCAACUGAAAACACCCAGAAGCCCAGAGCUUGUGCCCAUCAGUCACAUGACAGAGGGCAUGCCACAGACCGUGGUCCAGCACCUCCGCUGGAUCAUGCAGAAGGACCUGCUGGGCCAGGAUGUGUUUCUGAUUGGCCCUCCUGGACCAUUGCGUCGAUCUAUCGCCAUGCAGUACCUGGAGCUGACUAAACGGGAGGUAGAAUAUAUGGCGUUGUCCAGGGAUACGACUGAGACUGACCUGAAACAGCGCAGAGAGAUCCGCUCUGGAACUGCCUUCUACAUUGACCAGUGCGCGGUGCGGGCAGCGACAGAGGGCCGCAUCCUGGUUCUGGAAGGGCUGGAGAAGGCAGAGAGGAACGUGCUGCCUGUACUCAACAACCUGCUGGAGAACCGUGAGAUGCAGCUGGAGGACGGCCGCUUCCUGAUGUCAGCCCAGCGCUAUGACAGGCUGCUGGAGGAGCACACUAAGGAGGAGCUGGAUGCGUGGAAGAUUGUCCGUGUGAGUGAAGACUUUCGAGUGAUCGCCCUCGGCCUGCCGGUCCCAAGAUACACCGGAAACCCUCUGGAUCCCCCACUGCGCUCCCGCUUCCAGGCCAGAGACAUCUACUACUUGCCAUUCAAGGACCAGCUAGAACUCUUGUAUAGUAUUGGACCAAACAUAGCAGCUGAAAGAGUGUCCAAGCUCCUGUCUUUUGCCACAACCCUUUGCUCUCAAGAAUCUUCCAACCUUGGUCUUCCUGACUUCCCCGUGGACAAUCUGCCACCAGCCAUCAAAGUGCUGAACCUGGCUCCUAUGCUGCCAUCUCAGCAACUGAUCCAUAGACUCUACCCAUACGAGGCCAUGCUGGGCAAAGACGGCCGCAAGGCUGUGGAGGGGGUACUCAGCCGUUUCGAGCUCCUGGAUGGAAGAAAACACUCUCCUAGUGAAGUGGUCAGUGUAGAGGCUGGGAGUGGAGAGCGGGCAGGACAAGUAGCUGUCACUCUACGCGUUGCAGACAAGAACGUCACUUUUCAGGUUCCUUCAGGAACGCGACGUCCUCGGCCCCCAAACAGUAGCCCCUCCUUUAUCAGCACACCCACCCACGCCUGUCUGCUGGCCGAGAUGAUGCAGUCCCACCUCGUCAAGGACAUAUGUUUGAUCGGAGCCAAGGGUUGUGGCAAAUCUGUUAUUGCCAAGGAAUUUGCUGAGAUGCUGGGCUACACUGUUGAACCCAUUAUGCUUUAUCAGGACAUGACAGCACGCGACCUGCUCCAGCAGAGGUAUACCCUACCCAACGGUGACACGGCCUGGAGGGCCUCCCCGCUGGUCAGCGCCGCUCAGGACGGCAAGCUGGUGCUGCUGGACGGUAUCCACCGGGUCAAUUUGGGAACCUUGACCGUCCUCUCCAGGCUGCUGCAUGACAGAGAGCUGACGCUGUACGAUGGGACUCGGCUCUUGAGGUGGGACCGCUACCAGGCUCUGAGGGAAGACCUGCAGCUAACAGACCAGGAGAUGCAGGACAGGUCCAUUUUCCCCAUCCAUCCGUCGUUCAGGGUUCUGGCUUUGGCGGAGCCUCCAGUGGCAGGCAGCGCUACUCAGCAGUGGCUUGGCCCUGAACUUCUCACGAUGUUUCUCUUCCACACUGUCAAACCUCUGGCCCGAGCUGAAGAAAACACUGUCAUUCAGGGCAUGACUCCAAAUGUUCCUAGAGAAGCAGUGGAGCAUUUGCUGCAUCUGACACAUAGCCUGAGACAAACCAACGACCCUACGGCCCAGUCUUUGGCCUCGUCUCUGUCUACCAGACAGCUGCUAAGGAUCUGUCGACGUCUCUCGCAGUAUCCAGAGGAGAGUAUCGCUCACGCUGUGAACAAAGCCUGUCUCUCCAGGUUCCUGCCCAGUUUAGCGCGUUCUGCUCUGCAGAAGAACAUGGCCAACUGCUCUAUAGAGGAUCGCGCGGAGCCAGCCCUCGAGCAGAGAGAGGACCACACCUGCACGGUAAAGGACGGCGUCCUCACCAUCGGAAACGUCUCGGCUACGGUUUAUCACCCCGACGAAAAAAUGAAGGUUCCCGACGUGCUCUUUUACGAGAACGCUCAGCACAUGAUGGUGAUGGAGGACAUGCUGAAAGACUUCCUACUGGGGGAACACCUGUUACUGGUGGGAAACCAGGGUGUUGGGAAGAACAAGAUUGUAGACAGGUUUCUACAUCUAAUGAACCGGCCCAGGGAGUAUCUGCAGCUUCACAGAGACACAACAGUUCAGACAUUAACCUUGCAGCCUUCAGUGCGAGAUGGGAUCAUUGUGUAUGAAGACUCUCCACUGGUGAGAGCCGUUAAGAUGGGACACAUCCUGGUUAUUGAUGAAGCAGACAAGGCCCCCACCAAUGUGACCUGCAUACUGAAAACGCUGGUGGAGAGCGGGGAGAUGAUCCUGGCGGAUGGGAGAAGAAUAGUGUCUGAUCCAUUAGAGGUUGAAGGAAGACCUAACGCCAUCCUCAUGCACCCAGACUUUAGGAUGAUUGUUCUGGCCAACAGGCCUGGCUUUCCAUUCUUGGGGAAUGACUUCUUCGGAGCUCUUGGCGACAUCUUUAGCUGUCAUGCGGUGGAUAACCCGAAGCCCCAGGCCGAGUUCGCCAUGCUGAAGCAAUAUGGACCCGAUGUUCCCGAUGCCAUUCUCCAAAAACUGGUCGCGGCCUUCGGGGAACUGCGUUCCAUGGCAGACCAGGGCGCCAUCAACUACCCUUACUCCACUAGAGAAGUGGUCAACAUCGUCAAACAUUUACAGAAAUUUCCGAACGAGGGCCUGGCCAACGUGGUCCGAAACGUCUUUGACUUCGACUCCUACAACAAGGAUAUGAGAGAGGUGCUGAUCGCAGCGCUGCACAAGCAUGGCAUUCCCAUCGGGGCCAAGCCCACCAGCGUGCACCUGGCCAAGGAGCUACCUCUGCCGGACUGUAAGAUGCUGGGAUACUGGACCAGUAACCAGGGCGGCAAUGCGCGUCGCAAGUUGCUGUGUCCUACUGAGUCCCAUCGCAUUGAUAUCAAGGGUCCGGUGUUUCUGCGAGUGCAGAGCUACCCGUUUGAGAGGCAUGAAUCCAGAGCUAUGAACUUCACCGAGGAGCAAGCUCAUUGGCAGAUCCCCAUGAAUGAAGUCAACAUUGUCUGUGAUGUCACCACCGCAAACGAUAUGAUCUAUGUGGCCACAUGCAAUCCGGUGUCCGUGUAUGCCAUGCGAGAUAGAGCGGACACCCUCCAGUAUAUUGAACUGUACGAUGUCUUCCCUCGCACCAUUAGCGGCGUGUGGCAACCCUUUGUCACCGUGGCAGCACUCGGUAACCCGUUGGAGGGCCAGGUGGUGUUGCACGAGGAACAGAGCAACACCGUGCUCCACCUGGAUCUGGUGACGGGGGCGGUGAGGAGACUGGUUCUGUCUCAGGACAAAGAGGAGGAGCCCGUGCGUAAGUCAGCCAACUGGUGGAACAACAAGGACAGUCAGUCAAGCUACAAGAUGUGCCGGGAGUUUGCCCACAAGAACUGGCUUUUGUUCUACAAAGAGGGCGGGAAUCAGCUGGAUGUUCUGGACGUGCUGGAGGGCCAGGUCCACACCAUCUCUCUCCCCAUCAACCUCAGGGCCGUCUUCCUAGUGGCCGAAGACCGUUGGCUGCUUGUCGAGAGCAAGACUGACAAAAAGUUCCUGUUGACCAAACCUAUGCACAUGGGAGCAGAGAACUCUGGAGUCUGUCAAUUACACACCAUCAGCGAGGAUGCCGUCAGCAGCGGCUUUGGGACAAGCUCUGGGAUAGGAGACACAGCUCCUCAGGAGAUAUCCUCGGAGCAGUUGCCUAAUGAAAACCUAAGUGCUGCUUUGGGACAGAAGAUUGUCUCCCCCAAUCGCAUUGUUUGUGACCCAAAUACUUACGCCAAUAUUGUAGUGGGCUUCCCAGACCUCAUGUCUCCGAAUGAGGUGUACAGCUUUAAAAGGACAUCACCCCUCACAGAGGGAAGAGGUCCCGACAUGUUUUUUGGGUCGAGUCGUAGAUCGGGACCUGCCAAGAGGCUCAACUGUGUCAGUCUGCUAGGGGCAAAUCAAGUGAUUCGUGCACUGCCUCCUACACAAGUGCCCCUGGCUGACAUCUUCCCUAAAGAUGUCACCCCUCCUAUGACUGCAGCCUACUUGGAAGUGACAGACCUGAACUCCAAGAAGCUCAAAUACGUCCCUGUUCCAAGGUCUUCAUCGAUGUCUCCGUACACAGCGUGGAUCUCCAAGAUCUCAGAUACAGAUGUUGUCCUGGCUCCUAUGGGCUCUGGUGGAGUAGUAACUGUGGACAUGAGUGGCUAUGUGCGGUUAUGGGAAACUGGUCUGGACAACCUACAGCGCUCCCUGCUGGAAUGGAGGAACAUGAUCGGUGCAGAGGAUGGCCGGCCCGUACAGAUCACCAUCCAAAGGGACAGCGGUUUGGAUGUGAGCUCACCCAAACAUGGCAAGAUUGACCCCAACAACGCACCUCACGUUGGGGGCAACCAGUGGGCUGGAGGGACAGGGGGCAGAGACACAGCUGGUCUGGGGGGGAAGGGAGGACCCUACCGUCUGGAUGCUGGGCAUAAAGUCUACCAGAUCUCCCAGGCAGAGAAAGACGCCGUGCCUGAGGAGGUGAAGAGGGCGGCCCGGGAGAUGGCCGAGAAGGCCUUCAAAGAGAGACUAAAGGAGAUUGAGAUGAGUGAGUAUGACGCUGCCACAUAUGAACGCUUCUCUGGAGCUGUCAGACGCCAAGUUCAGUCCCUACGGAUCAUUCUGGACAGCCUCCAGGCCAAAGGGAAGGAGAGACAGUGGCUGAAAAACCAGGCUCUGGGAGAGCUGGACGAUGCCAAGAUCAUCGACGGACUGACUGGAGAAAAGGCUAUUUACAAACGCAGAGGAGAGCUGGAGCCAGAGUUGGGCACACCUCAGCAGAAGCCUAAGCGUUUGCGUCUUCUAGUAGACGUCUCUGGCAGCAUGUAUCGUUUUAACGGGGUGGAUGGCCGACUGGAACGCUCCAUGGAAGCUGUGUGUAUGGUAAUGGAGGCAUUAGAGAGCUACGAACACAAGUUUAAGUAUGACAUUGUGGGACACUCUGGAGAUGGCUUUGAUAUAGAGCUGGUCAGAUUUGACAAAUUGCCAAAAAACAACAAACAAAGGCUACGAGUCUUAAAGACCAUGCACGCCCACUCUCAGUUCUGUAUGAGCGGAGACUACACGUUGGAGGGCACCGAAUACGCCGUUAAGGAGCUAGCGCGCGAGGAGGCAGAUGAGCAUUUUGUCGUCGUCCUGAGCGAUGCCAAUUUGGAACGUUAUGGCAUAAGCCCCGACCGCUUCGCCCGCGCCCUGACCAGCAACCCGCAGGUCAACGCCUUUGCCAUCUUCAUCGGUUCCCUGGGCGACCAGGCCGAAAGGCUCCAGAGAACCUUGCCGGCAGGACGGUCUUUCGUCGCCAUGGACACCAAGCAGAUCCCCCAAAUCCUCCAGCAGAUCUUCACGUCCACCAUGCUGUCCAAUGCCUAAGGAAGCUCCGCUAUCACGCCAACUCCAGCAAGGCUCCACACACACUGUUUGGUUUUGACUAUCAUCUAGAAUCCCAUGUUUUGUUCUAAAGCUUCAGGACUGUAUCUUAACCAAGGUCAUAUCAUACUGUGUGAGUGAU